AUGUGUUUGAUGAUGUUUGAUGACAAGAGGUUUUGUGGUUCCCAUGGAGAAGGAGAUAUUUUCAUCAGGCAAACCUUGCCUGAUACGGUGGUUGAGGAUGAUUAUAAUGAUGAAGAAAUGGAUGUAGAUGAGCUUGAGAGAAGGAUGUGGAGGGAAAAAAUGCGUCUAAAGCGAUUGAAAGAACAAACCAAUUCUAGAGAAGGGAUUGAUGCAGCAAAAGAAAGGCAGUUUCAAGAACAUGCAAGGAUGAAAAAGAUGUCAAGAGCUCAAGAACAUGCAAUGAGGAAAAAGAUGUCAAGAGCUCAAGAUGGAGUAUUCAAGUAUAAACCAAAGCUAAAGAAGAAAUUUGUGAUACUGCAAUAUUAA